AUGCUUCAAUCUUUCGAGAGGGGCUUGACCUGGCUCCGACUCGCGCAUCUGCUCUACCUCAACGACAAUUUGUGUCUACCUGGCCGCUUUGUCCGUGGACGUCGUUCAGCAGACAAAGGCCCAUGGCUCAAAGUCACCGAAGCUUCAACUUACACGCAACCAAUCUCGCCGCCCAAGAUGACCAACCCCGAACAAGGCCAGAGUCAGAUCUCGAAAUACGCCUGGGCCGUCAUAGUCGCAGCAAUCGUUCUGUCUGUCGUCUUGUUGAUCGUGGGCCUACACAGCUAUCGUACGAAGCGAGCCGCUCGCCUGAAACGCCAGCGAGAUGCGGAGAACGACAAGAUCUUUGGCGGCGUCAUGGCGAAACCGCUGAUUGAUGGCCCGGCGCUGCCGAACAAACCACCAACGCGGCCGCAGAGGGGGAGGAGUUUGGUCUAUUCAGGUCCACAGUAG